CUCACAGAAGGCAGGCAGGAAAAGGUAGGCGAAAAAGAAAAAAAAAAUUAGUCUCGCAGAAGCUAUGGGAACAAUACAAACUGCCGUACUUCCUGAAUGGGAAGAGGAGGAGGGGAGGAUCCCCAUUCGAGAUCUGCCCGGAUGGAGAUCAAGUCUAUCGGUUGCUAGUCUCAGUGACUUUGGCCACUUACUCCUCUUAUACUUUAAACUUAGCAUUUUUCCGUUCUACUGCGAAAAUGGAUGUAUGACCAUCCAUCACUUAACCCGUUUUUCCCUUUCCCCUCCCCUUCUCGACCUUUGCUCUCGCUGUGCUGCAGAGGCCAAUACCGUUGCCGGAGAUCCCUCCCUUUUUUAUAUUCCCUUUUCCUUGUCGCAGAUUCAAAAAAAAAAGAGUAUACCGACCACCGGAUUCUUGCUUCAGGAAAGAGAGGCCAUCUCUCCGAUUACUUCCGGUUUUUCUUUUGCUCUAAAUCUGUUUCCUUUUUUACUUUUAAUCUCCUCUUUUUGGGGAGAUCAUAAAAUAAGGUCUUUCGUCCCACCGAUAUCCUGUGACUCCGGUAUAGUUCACCGUUUUUUACUCUUUGGCUGCAUCUUCUGUGCAUACAGAGUUGGACGUGUUCGCCUAUAAAGACAAUUAACGUGCAUUUAUUUUUGCUUCGAGAAGCUCCUUUAGUCUCCUUGAUUCCGAAGCAUCAGGAUAAAAACUCUCGAUUCAUUGACGGGAGGAACCUGACAUUACUGCCAACCACGGAGAGAUU